AGAGUUAUUUCAUUUCGUUAUGGAAAUAGAAAGAAAACAAUAAUAAGAUCCUAAAAAUUGGUUUAUUGUUGACUGGGGGGAACCUAACUAGGAGUAGUGUUUGGCAGCGCGGAGGGCAGAGAAAGUGAGAGAUGGAUUUGGACCAGUGGAUCGCAAAGGUGAAGGAUGGCCAACAUCUUCUCGAAGACGAGCUUCAACUUCUUUGCGAAUAUGUUAAAGAGAUCCUUAUUGAGGAGUCAAAUGUGCAGCCUGUGAAUAGUCCAGUGACUGUUUGUGGUGAUAUUCAUGGUCAAUUUCAUGAUCUAAUGAAACUUUUCCAGACCGGGGGUCACGUGCCGGAGACAAAUUACAUUUUUAUGGGAGACUUUGUUGAUCGGGGUUACAAUAGUCUGGAAGUAUUCACCAUCCUCUUGCUUCUAAAAGCUAGAUACCCAGCUAAUAUUACCCUUUUACGUGGAAACCAUGAAAGUAGACAAUUAACACAGGUCUAUGGGUUUUACGAUGAAUGCCAGAGAAAGUAUGGAAAUGCUAAUGCUUGGCGAUAUUGUACAGAUGUUUUUGACUAUCUUACACUGUCCGCAAUUAUAGAUGGAACUGUGCUUUGUGUUCAUGGUGGCCUUUCUCCAGACAUUCGAACAAUUGAUCAGAUAAGGGUUAUUGAAAGGAACUGUGAAAUUCCUCAUGAGGGGCCAUUUUGUGAUCUGAUGUGGAGUGAUCCUGAAGAUAUUGAAACAUGGGCAGUCAGUCCUCGUGGAGCAGGUUGGCUUUUUGGAUCCCGGGUCACUUCUGAGUUCAAUCACAUAAACAAUCUUGAUCUUGUUUGUCGGGCUCACCAACUUGUUCAAGAAGGUCUUAAGUACAUGUUCCAAGAUAAAGGCCUUGUAACUGUGUGGUCUGCACCUAAUUACUGUUACCGUUGUGGAAAUGUAGCUUCUAUUCUUAGUUUCAAUGAAAAUAUGGAGAGAGAAGUUAAAUUUUUCACUGAAACAGAGGAGAACAACCAGAUGAGGGGACCGAGGACAGGCGUUCCAUAUUUCUUAUAACUUGAUGAUGUUUUGCUUGAAUUUAUUGUAAAAUUAUAUAGUAAAUGACUUACGAUUAUGGUUGGACGAUGAUAGUCUUGUAUCCUGGAGUUUCAAAUGCAUUGCCUUUUUAAAGGUGGAUUCUAUUUUUGCCACAAGCUUUUGCAAUCUAAAUCGUAUUUAGCACC